UCCAACACUUCACAAUUUCAAAACCAGAGAAAAACACAAAACGACCACGUUUUACAUCCUCCAUCGUUGAAACUCUCUGAACUCUGAAGUAAAGUCAAGUCUCGCUCGAUUCUUCAAAUUCAGUUUCGUUCUUCCAUUUUCGUGACAAUCUUCGUUUUUCUUCAACAUGGCCGUAGCUGAACCCAAACCUCACUCCGAACCUAAGGUUUGGAAUCUCUUCAAGCUUCCCUUUCGCCAUUCUAGCACCACUGCAAAUUCUACCGGAACGACGUCGUCUUCUUCCAACCUUCAUCACCACCACCACCAUAACCCUAACCUUCACCAUCCUCCUCCGCUUGAAGGCUCAACAGCUUCACACACCUCCGGUUCAGUUUCCUCCGUUGCCAGAUCGCUUCUCCCCACACGACGUCGUCUCAAGCUUGAUCCCUCAUCCAAGCUUUACUUCCCUUAUGAGCCUGGCAAACAGGUUAGGAGUGCCAUUAGGAUUAAAAACACCAGUAAAUCCCAUGUAGCUUUCAAGUUUCAAACAACUGCACCCAAAAGUUGUUUCAUGCGUCCUCCUGGGGCUAUCCUUGCACCUGGUGAGAGUAUCAUAGCAACAGUGUUCAAGUUUGUAGAGCAACCAGAAAAUAAUGAAAAGCCUGAAAAAACUGGACUCAAAUUUAAAAUCAUGAGUUUGAAGGUCAAAGGAGCAAUGGAUUAUGUCCCUGAGCUGUUUGAUGAGCAGAAAGACCAAGUAGCAGUUGAGCAGAUUUUGCGAGUUAUUUUUUUAGAUCCAGAGCGUCCUAGUCCUGCUUUGGAAAAACUGAAGCGACAGCUUGCUGAUGCUGAUGCUGCCCUUGAAGCUCGUAAAAAACCCGCCGAAGAUGCAGGUCCUAAAAUUAUUGGGGAAGGGCUUGUCAUAGAUGAAUGGAAGGAGAGGAGGGAAAGAUACCUUGCAAAGCAACAGGGCGAAGUGGUUGUAGAUUCUGUAUAGGGUGUUGAUAUCUAUUAAUGAACAGGAAAUUAUUUUGCAGACAAAGAAGAUGUUAUCUUCAGAGAAACAAUCAUUAAAUCAGCGUCUUUCUUAGAAAAAUUUCAGGUGAAUGACAAGUGUACUUUGGAGAAGACUAUGCGUGGGGUGUGGUGAUGACCCCUAUGUAGAUAAUUGUGAUAUUGUUCAGGCUUUCUUGGUUUGGGGAAUAAUAUUUUGACGGAUUGAUGUGAAAUAGUUUAUUCAAGUUCUCACGUGGUAAAUGAAAGUUUUGCUGUCUUUGUUAUGCUA